AUGCGCCAUCGCCCCGCCACGACAGUGACCGCCAUGCGUGCUCCACUCGUCCUCGGCAUAUUCGAUCUGUGCAUCGAGUACAUGGUCAGCCACAUGUCGCGAAGCUUUGACGUCGACGCAUACACCCGGUGCCUGGAGGUGGUGCACCGGCUGCUGUGCUACCAGAAGACGCAUCUCGUCCGCCUCAACUACGAGUGGGCAAACCUCUGGUCCGCACUCUCGGCGCUCUUCAAGUUUGUCAUCCAGAAGACCACACUAUCAACGCCAACAACAUGUCUGAUUCGCGAAGCACUGGCGAGUACACGACAGGACAAGAAGGCCGGCGUGAUUGGCCUGUGCAUGUUUGAGCUGCGGCGUCUCGGCCACAUUGGCGACAUUGCGCUCGUGGGCACAAACGGCACCAAGUUCCCGGGCAUCCGCAAGCAUCUCAAGGAAAACAUCUCGGACGUCUACAACGGCCUCGACGUGAGCGUGACCACCUUCCCCAACGAUGACGUGCAGCGCGACGUUGAAGCAUACAAGCGAGCGCUGGACGGGCUACGGCCUGGCGACGUGACGACCAUCUUCACGCCCGACCCGACGCACUUUGAGAUUGCCAAGUACGCCAUUGAGCGCGGGGUGCACGUGCUGGUGACAAAGCCAGCGGUGAUGACGCUCGAGCACCACCACCAGCUCGUCGCCCUCGCCCGCAAGCACAACGUCCUCGUCAUGGUCGAGUUCCACAAGCGGUGGGAUCCGAUCUAUGUCGAUGCGCGGAACCGUGCCCGCGCCCUGGGCGACUUCAGCUACUUCAACAGCUUCAUGUCCCAGCCAAAGUACCAGCUCGAGACCUUCAAGGCGUGGGCGGGAAAAACGUCGGAUAUCAGCUACUAUCUGAACAGCCACCACAUUGACAUGCACGCGUGGAUGGUUGAGGGCCGUGCUGUGCCCACGCGCGUCGUCGCCUCCGCAGCCACUGGCGUCGCAGAAUCACACCCGUACAACUGCCCACAGGCAUCGACGCGUUUGUCACAACCGCUGAGGCGAUCAACAACUGGGGAGGCUACGGUGGCCGACUUUGACAAGACCCUGCCAACCCUCGCUUCAACAGUUGCCACGACGGCUGUGCUGCAAGCUGGCCGCUUGUCCCUUGACCAUGCGUGCCCUGUCGACAUCGCGCACGACCAGGACACCAACACCUUCUCCCUCGCGCUCGCCACAAACGAGGAGGAGUGA